GGCGACCGGUGGCAACCGCGCGGGGACGCCGUUCUCUCUCAUAACUGUCGCACGCCGGGACGCCGCGCGAUCUCCUACCCCCACCCCAUCCCAGUCUACCACAGCGACACCGUGUGAGAUCCGUGCUUCAUCGGUAGGCUCAGUUGGUGCCUUGGUGGACCAGUGAAGUGAAACUGUAUCAAUAUCUUCAGGCUCUGGUUCAAUGGCCUACGAGAUCAGUGAGAUCAAAAAAAUUGGCAUAGGUCUGGUGGGCUUUGGCAUCCUGUUUUCGUUCCUAGGUGUUAUCCUUUUCUUCGACAGGGGUUUGUUGGCUCUGGGUAAUAUUUUCUUCUUGACUGGAGUAGGCCUUCUUCUUGGUUGGCAAUCUAUGUGGCAGCUAUUUACAAAGAAGGCAAACAUUAAGGGAUCUGUACCUUUCUUCCUUGGUCUCUUUCUUCUAUUUGUCAGAUGGCCUGUUGCUGGUAUAAUCCUGGAACUGUAUGGAUCUUUUGUCCUCUUCAGUGGUUACGGGGCUCCUAUCCAAGCCUUCCUAUAUCAGAUUCCAAUCAUUGGAUGGAUUCUGCAAUACCCCUUUCAGCUAUUUGGUCUGAGGCGUAAGCGUGCUUGACAAUUUAUGGUGGCAGAAAUUCAUGAUAAUUCAUGGGGAAAUAGCAUAUUGCCUAAUGUUAAAUUGUCAUUAGAAAAUUCUUGUAGCCUUCAUCUUUUGUAACUAUGCUCUUUAACACUGCAUCUGCAUGCUAUGGGCUUUCUAACCUUGGUUGUGAUGACUUCUACCCUUCAAUCAACACGCGGUAGAUGAUAGUUUAAUAUUUGAAGUUCAUACGUCAACAAAGUAAUGCCAUCAAAUAUGUGGCUGGAUUUUGGGUUUUGUUGGGACUUGAGACACCGACCCUCCUUCCUCGUUAUGCCGUCAACCUGACAAACUCUGCAGCA